GCAUGUUGUACAACGCGAACUGCAUUUAUUUUGGCCGUUUCCUUAUCUUGUUGUCUUUGAUAUUGUCUCUCAAUAUCACUUUUUCACUAUCGUUCGAUUGUUUAUUGGUAUUUAUCCAUUGUCACGAAGUUUUCACGUGUGAAAGUGCUGUUGGCGUUAUUUUGUCGCGUGCAUGUGAAGAAAUCCCCCCUGAAAACACACAUCCAUGGGCCGUCGCGAUACGCUCGUCUUGCACUGUUGAAUUAUACACAAUCCAACGCGUCAAUAUUUAUUGUGAUUGUUACAGGCUUAGAAAGUCAUCAUCGAAAUCCACAAUGCCAGGGACCGAAAAGGCUCACAACAAGAAGCAGAAGAAAACCAAAAAGAAGCAACAGCAGCAGCAAGUGUCACAUGAAAUUCCUCUCAAGCGCAAGAAGGAUCCAGCUGCUCUUACACAAGCCAAUCUACCAUCGAAGGAAAGUGCGACACAACACACGCCGUCACCUGCUCUAUUCGUUCCUUCCAAAACAUGGCUGCGGAAACAGAAAUACGGGCUUGGAGCUCACACUCACGUGCGCGGCCAACUCAAGGGACCAACUCAUCACACCCACGAACCCGCCUACGUCCUUGAACAACGUCAGCAACAAGAGUAUCGUCAUCGACAACAACAAGAUUACCACUUGCAGCAAUUGCGAGAACACUCCGCCGCCAUGCCGUUUGUCGUCACGGCCAAGGGCAUUCCCACCAGCUGGGGCACCUUGCAAGUGUACAAGCAUCUCGAAGGGUACGGCACCAUCACGCGCAUUGAAUGCUCUGACCAUCGUGAUGUUGUCAUGACUGUAAAAGUUUUUUUUGAUCAAAUGCCGAAAGAAACUGCUUGGCUGAACAAAUCAAUCGACAUCCGUCGCAAACACGACAAUCGUGCGUACACAAUCCGCUUCACGGUCGACCGCGCUCGACGACCUUACCUUGAAAGGCUCCGAGAAGGAGGUCAGGAGUUCCCUCAGAGGAUGACUGUCCCGUUAUCGGGAGCUGAUUUCGGCAUCAUGCGAGAUCCCCACACGAUGGUCACCGGUCACUCCAUUGAGACAUCGCAGACGUCCUUUAUGUUAGACCUCCAACAACAACAGGUCGAAGUCAUCUUCCGAUUAUUCACUGGCGACGGCUGGGACGGGGCACAACUAUAUAAGCUACGGAUCGACUUGUCUGAGUUGAAGCUCGUCCGCGUCGUUGGUGUGGACAGCAAGAUAUGCUUCGUCAUUACCUUGGAAUCGCCCCCCAUGAUGUUCCGCAAGACCACGGAUGUCAAAAACACACACGAUAGAGGUAGCACGCUGUGGGACGAACGACAAAUGUGGUUUCGACAGACCGACGUGGACCUUAACCCGACAAAUAGGUCAUAUCCGAUUGGACUUCAAAAACAGAAUGCCAUCAUCGAUGUCGGUCGAUGGUUGACCUAUCGUUUUGUCUUUGACGUCGAUAAAGGUGAUAUGACAUUUCGUAACAUUAUCAAUGCCCUGAAGGACAGUGGGGUCACCUUUGUAGACAACCACCAUAUGACUUUCGAGACCCAAACUAAGAUCACCGAAAUGUGGAAAUGGUUGUCUUCACAUCGCGGCAAUUCUUACACCGGUCUCUCUGAUUUGCACGAGCUAAACGACGAGAAUGUCAACUUGUCUUUUCCGGUUCGCUAUGCGUUGGAAUCUUGCAUCAGCCACAACCUUAUUCACGAGAGCAACAUAACUUCAGAAUUCCUGCGAUCCUUGGACAGGUUGGAUUCAAGCACUGCGGUGGCAAUUCUAGAAAAGAUCGUCGACGAAAAGAAACGUUACUUUGAACCACAAAUGGCAUUGCGGACUUCGAUUACAAGAUGCGAGAAACAGCGACCUGCACAUUGUUCCAAAAUCCUCGCCGUGACUGUAACGCCGACCACAAUCUAUCUUAAUACACCUGUGCUUGAGACUUCAAAUCGGGUGAUCCGCAAGUACCAGGAAUACGAAAACCACUUCUUGCGGGUUAAAUUCACCGAAGAGCGCUAUCGCGGUCGAUUAAUGUCUUACGAUGGCCGUGCUAUGGACGAGGUAUAUUCUCGCAUCAAACAAGCAAUGACGCACGGAAUUCAGAUUGGUGACCGGCGAUACGAUUUCCUAGCCUUUGGAAACUCACAGUUCCGUGAACACGGCGCCUACUUCUUUGCUCGCACUGGGAAUGGUGCGAACGCUCUCACUGCCGAUAAAAUACGCAAGUGGAUGGGAGAGUUUUCACAUAUCAAUGUGGUCGCCAAAUAUGCCUCACGGCUUGGUCAAUGCUUCUCGACAACUCGUGCGGUUUCUACAAGGCCAGAGAUAAAGCACAUCGCAGACAUUGUGCGGAACAAAUACACAUUCACCGACGGCGUCGGGAAAAUCUCGCCCUUGUUCGCUCAGGUAAUCCGCCACUAUCAUGGACUCAGCGAAGUCCCCUCAGUCGUCCAGUUCCGUCUCGGCGGCUGUAAGGGUGUUCUGACAAUUGAUCCAACGCUUCGUGGUCGAGAAAUCCACCUCCGGCCAAGUCAGCAAAAGUUUUCAUCCGCGUUUGCAGGUCUCGAGGUCUGUCGCGUGUCUCGUUUUUCGUCAGCUCAUCUCAAUGUGCAAAUUAUCCUCGUUUUGUCUUCGCGGGGAGUGUCGGACGCCGCAUUCCUCACCAAGGAGAGUGUCAUGUUGAAGGAUCUCGAUGAGGCUAUGAUCAAUGUCCCCAAGGCCAGGAAGCUGCUCCGCCAGAAUGUCGACUUCAAUCAGACAAGCUUGCAGUUGGCAAGCAUGGUUGAUGACGGGUUCAUGGCAGCACAAGAGCCCUUCUUCAUGUCCUGUCUGACGCUUUGGAGGGCAUGGAAUCUCAAAUAUCUCAAGCAGAAGGCAAAGAUUUUUAUCGAGAAGGGAGCACUGCUUCUGGGUACCGUGGACGAGACUGGCACGCUACGAGGGCACUUCAAUAGCGAUCCAUUCAUCGACCUUCGAGAUUAUUCGAAUCAUCACUUCUCAGAUUCGGAGCAAGAGCGAGACGACCGUAUCAACUCGACUCUACCACAGAUAUUCGUUCAGGUCACUGACCACGUCAAUAGACGGAUGAAGGUCGUCACAGGGCGCUGUAUCCUGCUUCGAAAUCCAUCACUGCAUCCUGGGGACGCUCGAGUAGUCCUUGCGGUUGAUGUACCCGCUCUUCAUCACAUCAAAGACGCUGUAGUGCUGCCACAGACUGGUGACCGGGACCUUGGCAACAUGAGCUCUGGCGGCGACCUAGAUGGCGACGAUUACGUCGUGAUUUGGGAUCAGGACCUGAUACCUCCAGAGAUAAAUUAUCCUGCCAUGGACUACACAGCGCCAGAUCCCCAGAUCAGCUCGGGUCAAGUCACAGUCGACGAUCUCACCUCCUUCUUUGUCACGCACAUCAAGAACGACAACCUUGGCCCGAUCGCCGUCGCGCAUCGUUACUUGGCCGAUGCUGCGUCCCAGGGCGUCAAGCUCAAAUCAUGCUUGCGUCUGGCUCAACUACAUUCUGAAGCUGUUGAUUAUGCGAAGACCGGCGUACCUGCGGAGUUCCCGAAAGACCUGCGCCCCACGCGUUGGCCUCACUGGAGCGAACAAAAGCACAAGGCAGCUCAUAAAAUCUAUCAAUCGAAAGGCAUCAUCGGCCAGCUCUACGAUGCGGUCACUCUCGAUUCGUUUUCCGCUGCUCCAUGUUCCCUUCCGUUUGAUCAACGUAUUCUAGGCUUCGCCAGCGAUAAGGUAGUCGUUGCCCUGUUGCCAGCCGCUGUCGAAACCAAGGCCGUUUAUGAUGAAGCUUUGCGUCGGCUGAUGUUUCAAUACGGUAUAAAGUCCGAGUUCGAAGCUUGGACUUCAUUCGUCCUUGAACAUUCAAGUGACCAUGGUGGAGACUGGAAAUUUGCCGAGAGUCUUGGCGAGUCCUUUAUGGCGCUGAAUCACCACUACCAGGAUAUCUGCUUCGAAAGAGCCGGGACUAGUCGUGACGGGCGUGACUGGGCACUCUUGAAACCAUGGGUCAUUGCCAUGUACAAGGUGACUGCUGAUGAGAGCCAGCGCCGUGACAACACUGGUGAUCAACAGGUGCCGCUGAUAUCGUUUCCGUGGCUCUUUCCGCAUGAGCUUGGCGUCAUUGCUACAGAAGAACACAUAUUGCCUGACUCAUUCUCUCGAGAUUCUUCUGACGACAAAGCAGAAACGCCCACGGCAGAUUAUUCAUCAUCGCGAGAAAAUUCUGAUGACAAAGGAGGUCUGCUGGCUGAUCCACUGAUCCAAAAGCUUCACGAUGACCAAACAGAAACGACAACGGCGGAUGACUCAUCAUCACGAGAGACUCCCGAUGACAUAGGAGAAACAUCAUCUAGGAACGGAAAUGAUUCGAGCCUCACAUCAGCCAGCCUCCGACAUCCAUCAUCCGAGGUGGUCUCUCCCGCGCCUCCCGAAGGCGCCACAUACGACCAGUUUUAUAGUGAGCAGGACCUCAUGGACUUUAGCGACGAAGAAAGCAUGGCAGGCGAUGAGAACCGACCUGGGUCUUCGGGGUUGAUAUUGACGCCUGCAACCUCGAAUUUAAAUUUGCCCGAGGGAAUACGAACCCCAUUGGAAAGUAGCGUAGAAGUCCUGAACGGCGCAUUCUUGGAUAUAUCCUUCCAUGACCCUACAGAAGCAGCCUAUAGAGACGAACUACUCGCCCGCGAAGCAGAGAUCCUUCGCUUCUCGGAUGAUGACGCUAGGAGUCUAUCGCAUGGUCGCUUCACUCCAGCAAGUUCAGCCCUCGAUGACGAUUUGACUGAGCGAGAGACUCUCGUCAAAGGCUCCACGAUGGAUCAAAAUAAUGCGGGAGAAGACGCGCAGGAGAGCAGCGAACAAGGAUUGACUUCCAGUCGUCCUUCACUGCUCGAUCAACUUAGUGAUUUAUUGGCAGAUUAGAGUAGCUUCAAGGAACAAGAGCAGAAGCCUUUCUUGGUUAUCUUCUCCCUUCUCCUCGUAUGCUUUCGCCGUGUCGUGUGUUCUCAUAGUUAGAAUAAGUAGCAUUAUCACCCCU